UCUGUGUCUGAGUUAUCACCAGGUUUGGGGCAAAGUCCAGCUGCCGGGUCAAAAACCAGCAGUACUGAUGUUAUCACCAUUUGUUACAUCCAAAACAUCAUACGAAAAAAUAAGUUGGUGACAAAAGACCACAAGAAACGGAUGAGCAUGGACACAACAUCUUCAUUUAUCAAAUCUGUGACCAAGCGAGUGUGGUCUCCACCACAGCGUCCCUUCAGAGUGUGCUGUCACAACAGGGAGACCAGGAAGGGCAUCACAGCCGGGACCCUGGAGGAGCUGAGAGAGCGGGUAUGCCAGGCUUUGCUGCUGUCCCUGUCUGGAGAGUCUCUGUCUCUGGUUUGUGAGGAGGACGGUACAGAGGUAGACUCCGAUGAGUUCCUCAUGACCCUGCCUGACAACACCAUUCUCAUGGCUCUGGAGCCUGGAACGACAUGGAGACCCCAACCGGGUGCAGUUGUGUACAAAUCUCAGGACCACGACAAGCCUCGGACCGGAAAAGACAUAGCUCGAGUCACCUUUGACCUGUACAGGAUGAGCCCAAAGGACGUCUUUGGCUCCCUGAGUGUGAAGGCCACAUUUCAAGGCCUGUACUCUGUGAGCGCUAACUUUCAGUGUCUGGGGCCCAAGAAAGUCCUCAGAGAAGCCCUGCGUGUAGCCUCCACCCUCCUGCACGCCGCUGGCCACCUGCUUAUUGCUUCUGCCUCCAUGAUCCGCCGCGUUAUCGAAGGUGCUGAGCUUUGGCAGCCACAGAGGACAGAGUACACAGCCAGCUGGAACUGAUGGAGCCAAGAGAGACAUAUUUAAUGGUAACAUCUGAUAUCAUGGUUGACUUAAUAGGGAUUGGUAGGCCAGCCUGAGAUCUUUUGAAUCUACUCCCAUAAUUGAGAAAUCUAUUGGGUAGUUAUUAAAUUGUUUAAUGUUCUGCUGUUUGCCGCCUUAAGAUGGAGAAAAUAAACCACUUUUUUAACAUGACCAUCUGUUAAGAUAAUAUUAAGCAAACCCUUAUAAGUCUUAUGAGUGAUUGUCUGACUGUGUAUCAUGUUCUUCUUCACCCUUCAAUAUUUUGACUAUACUUCAAGUUAUAAACAGAUUGUAACAGACAAAGAGAAUAUUUAAUGAUUUAAGUGUCAGAAACUGUUUUUAGUAACAAAAGAGGAAGCUUAGCGACCUAGCUGGAUACAUAAGAGUCAUAUGUAUUCAUGUAGUUUUUCUAUUUUAUUUGUGCAAUAUAUUUUACAUAAUAUCCUAGAAUUAUGUUUUAUUGUUAAUUUAGUGUGGAUUAUGUGCUGGCAGGUAAACUUGUUUCAAUCUGCUCUGAUAUUACAGCCACUGUGGAUGUUAUCUUGAUCUGAAAUGCCACAGACUU